CCUUUUCCCCAACGUCAGCGCCCUCUCCGCGCCGCCCGAUCGACGCCGAAUAUUCGGCAGUCUGUAGCAACAUCAAUCUACGAUCCUCCGCCUGCCUAUGAGGAGUUCCCUGGAGUCGACGCCAACGGGCGUCUGGCUUUCGCUGCUCCUACCCCAGAUUUCGGACCCAGCAGGAUUCCAUCACCAGGUCCGGCAACCCCGGGAUCACACUUUUCUCCCGCAAUUCCUCCCGUCGCUGCCCAUAAGGAGUAUACAACUUAUCGACCAUCACCGCCACCUUCACUCGUGGGAGAUAAAAAUGCUUCGCCUACACCGACCCUUCAAGGACCAUCCUUUCCUGGCCCCUCAUCAGCCCAGACGUUCCCAGUGGCAGGCUACCGCCCUUCUCCAUCGCCAACACCAUCUAGCCCUGGAUAUUUCUUCCCUGGCCCUCCUAUAACGGCAGAAACAUUCCCAUUAGCACAUCGACCCCCCUUGUCUCCCAAUUACCCCUUAUCAGAAACCGCAUUAACAAACUCCCAAUCAACAGAAAAGACCUUCUGGCAGACAGCUCUAGACGAAACAAAGUAUUUUGCGGGUGGGCUGAUAAGUCAUCCGUUUGAAUAUACCAAACACUACUCCAUCCUCCGCCAUUCAGGCGCCCUUGUAUGGUACCGCGGCCCGUCAACCUCCGUCACCGUCACAGUCUUCUCUGACGCUCCUCUGCCACCUACGCGGACAAUAUGGCUCCAGCAAAAGGGCUUCUCAGGGAACAUGGGCAUGAACUUGAAGUCCCUCGUCGGCGCAAACACAUCAUGGCUCGAUGUAACACCUUCCACGCAGGGGAAGCCAGCAGCCAUGGCCGAAGGCGACGAAAGAGGUUGCCAGCGCGAUAUGAAGAAGUUUCUCAAGAAAGCGCCCAAGAAUCUGGCGAAGCAUGUGCCGAGGGAGACACACGUCGUGCGCAUUCCUGCCGCUGCGGAUGAUGGGUACUUCCGGCUCGUGCUAUGCGCUGAAGGCGGCGGGGAUGGGAGCAAGAGGAAAGUUCUUUGCCCUAGUCCCGUCUUCCGCGUCGCGAGUACGUCAACGGAUAUGAGUGUUACCCGUGGCGCAAGCUUUGCCAGUAUGCCACUGGAGCUUGGGAUCAAGGCGGGCUCUGUCGUCGCGACGACUGUUGUCAAUAAGUACAUCGGACCAGCUGCCGCCGUAGUGCAGUCUAGAACGAAGAAGAUCUCGCAAGCAAAGUUUGUCACAAAGCAUGCUGCUCACAUCGCAUAUGCCAAGUCGGGCAUAGAAAAGUCCGGUAUCAAGACGCAUGUUACGGCAUACGAGGAGCAAUAUGCCAGCACGAGAGGCGGAGGAUACGAUGCCUGGCAAUCUGGUGAAGGUGGUUUCCAAGAGGCGCCUCCCGAAGUCAUCGGUGCCGACUCCGGUCCUACCGACCCAUUUCCAAUCAAGUUUGACGGCAGAGUUGUUCGCGGUACAGGAAGGGGAGGCAUGGAACUUGGUAUCCCGACAGCGAAUCUUGAGGGCGUACCCGAAGACGUGAGGAUGCGAAUGCGCGGCGUCUACUUUGGCUGGGCAAGAGUCGUUCCGCGCUCUGGAUUGGAAGCGAUAUCGACAGACUGGCACGAGAGCAUCAUCACCGUCGGCCCUGCCCCGUACGCCACACCACGGGUAGCCGCCAAGAACGUCGCCACGGUACAUAUGAUCCACGAAUUUGGCGGCGCUCUCUUCCUCGACACGAAACUCAAGGUUCUUGUCAUGGGCCAGUUGCGGGUGUCUGCGCCUCCUGUUGCUGGUUCCGAGGCUGCGCUCGAGGCCUACGGUGCGGAUGUCUUACUUGCUGUGGCUAGUCUGAGUCGUGACAACUGGUGCCCGAUCGAGACGCGGGAGCGGAUGAGAACCAUGCGGAGCGAAAUGAGUCUGGCUGAUCGAUACGUUGAAACGAGGGAGAGAGUUCAAAAGCAGGUAGAUCGCAUACCGGUUCAUUUGGCUGGUGUGAGAACGGAAGGGGCUACGUUGAGAGAUCGGGCAUAUGGGAAUGGAGGGAUUUGGAUCCCAAGAUGA